AUGGCUCGCAGAGUGAAGCCCAAGGCAGCGCUCGACGCACCAAUUAUCCCAUCACUAGGGAAAUCAAUUCCCACGAAGGAGCUAAUUGCUCGCUUGCUGAAAAUUGCAGACGAGCUUUCAGCGGUAGAUCAGGAACUGGCGGUGCUUGAAGACUAUAAAGAUCUCGCCAGAAACCUCGCCAAUCCCAAAUUGAUUAAACACGCAAACGUUGGAGUCAAGGCUUUCACUGCAUGUGCUAUUGCUGACAUUAUUCGGUUGUAUGCGCCUGAUGCGCCGUUCACCGAGGAAGAACUUUCGGAUAUUUUUAGGGCGUUCUUUGCUCAGUUCUCACACUUGUGGGAUGAGGACAACCCUUACUUCUUACAGCAGUCAUAUAUCUUGAAGCGUCUUGUAGAAGUUCGGACAGUUGUUUUGAUUGGAGACUUGCCAGAUUCACAGGAGCUUGUGUCCUUGUUAUUUAAUACCAUGUACAAGCUCACCACAAAAGACUUCCCUUCCAGGUUAGAACCGCUCGCCUCAGAAAUGCUUGCAGAAACCAUCUCUGAAAUAGACUACAUUCCUCAGGGUGUAGUCUCUUUGAUUGUUAAACAUCUUACAGUUGCUACAGAUUGUCAACUUAUGAGCAGGUCCUCAAAUAUUUCGAAUACCGCAUUCAUCUUUUCGUUGGCUAUAUGUGAAGCAAAUUCAGAUAAAAUGGCUCGCCUGGUGGCCCAUCUUUUUUCUGAAAUGCUCGAUGAAAGCGCCAAAUCAAGCGAAAAAGACCGGCAUGCCCCAUUUGAGGCCUUGGAGAAAAUACAUCUCUCCUCAGUGCACAUAUGGGCUCAUGUCCCAGACCUUCUUGCAUCUGUGAUGGGCCUCAUUAGUGAUGAACUAAACUCAGACGAUGAAGGUAUAAGGAUGCUCGCCACUAAAACCAUCGGCAGUAUGUUAUCAUCUUCUUCGUUGUCAAAAAACGGCAAUUCAGCUGUGACUUUUGUUAGUUAUCAUAGAGACACGUGGACAAACUGGUUGAAGAAAUCUUCUGACACGUCUCCUUCGGUGAGAGCUGUUUGGAUAGAACAAGCCCCCGUCAUUCUCUCUCUUGAAACCACAUCGGAAAUAAACUCCGAGUUGAGUCUUGGUUUUUCAAAGUGCUUGACUGACUCUAGUGAAAAGGUAAGAUUUAGCGCUUGCUGUUCUCUUGAGUCUCUUUCUUUCUCCGUGAUCAUGAAAAAAGUCUGCAAUGAAUCCAUUUUGAAGACCCUAUUUCAACUCAUUCGAGAGAAGCACGUUCAAACGAGAAACACAGCCAUCAACGUAUUGGCUCACUUGUACAAUGAUUGCAUGGUAUCACUAGCUAAUAAUGAAGUCGUUGAUUUAGGGUCUUCGAACUCUGAAGACCAUGAAAAUGUGAUACAUUGCGUUGUGAAUGGUGUACCAAAUAAUCUUCUCCAGCUCAACUACAUCAACGAUAAGUCGAUUACAACAGCAGUUGAUAUAUGUCUUUUCGAAAAAUUACUUCCCUUUGAUGAUUCUGCAGAAAUAAGGGUAUUCCGCUUAUGCCAAUUUCUUAAAGAGUUGAGAGAAAAAGGCAGUCUAGCUUUCAGAGCCAUCACAAAGCGUCAGCAAAAAAACGCUGAAGUGCUCCUGAAGUUUCUAGAUUUAGCAGAAGAGUACAUUUGCAAUUCAUCAAUGGAAAUUGAAAACAAGGAAAAUGAAUCCAAUGAAAAGAUAUUAAUCAAGGUCGAAAAAGUUAUUAAGUGGUUGGAAUCUCAGGUCCCUGAAGGCCUCAAUUCUUACGAAAGCUUGAACACAUUUUUCAGGCUUAAAAACCCAAGAUUCGUUAAUUUAUUGAGAAAUUGCAUAGACAUGGAUCUGGAUUACAAAACAGUUAAAAACUCGGCGAAAGAGCUUCUCACAAAAUUGAGUGAUGUGAAAAACAUAAAGUAUGGAAAAGGAAAACCCCACUCUACAACCGCGGAAAUGGUUUCAAACAUGAAAAUAUUACUAUACCGCUCCUCCGUGAUAUUUUACAACAAGUCCAAUAUCGGCGAAUUAAUUAAGGUCUCGCAAGAGAGCGGGUCUGACAAUUAUAAGGCUGCAAAUGAGCUCAUGUCUAUGAUAACGACAGAUUGUCCAAAUGUUUGCAAAAAUCACGUCACCGCUUUAGUCAAAAUGGUAGAGUCAGAUGACAUAAAGGAUAUUCCAGUGCGCCUCUUGCAAUCACUAUACCAUGUGUUGCGAAAACUACCUGAGAGAUUCCCAGAGGAAGAAUCCUUCUAUAAACGAAUGCAUGUACUUGCAACUAAUGGGUGUUACCUACAGGCGAAAUAUUGUGUGAAAAUUAUUGGGUGUUCCCCAUCAAAAGAAGCACGUGUCUUCAAAAUAUUGGGAAGCAUCAUGCCUUUGAGCCCGAAAGACCAAAACUUUAAAGCGCAUCUCUCUAUUGUGGCUGAAGUAUAUCUAGUUGACCCACUCUCCCUAACAUCUUUUUCCUCCGGCAUCAACACCGUCAUCAUUGAAGAGAUUCUCAAGAAGAACAGAUUGCAGUCUCUGGAAUUGGAUUCAAUAGCUAAGUUGAAGUGGAUUGACAAUGAAAAUUUAUUCAAACACGAGAUGCUUAUCGAGAAACUCAUAGCCGUUCGUCUUAUCGCCAACAAAUUGAGACACAUUGCCUCGAGUGAUUCAACGGAUAAGGCUACGUUGAACGCAGCAGAAAAGCCCAUCAAUCUCCUUGCAAAUAUCAUUUUUAAUAAUGGUGAACUUGUAAAGCUUUCAACGGAUGUGAAUACAAUCGCUACUCCUUACUGUUAUCGACUGAAACUCAAACUUUAUCUGGGGUUAAUGCUUUUGAAACUUGCAAAGCUUCCACGGUUGAACUCCUUGAUCAGUCUUGAUGUCAUCAAAAAAAUGACGCGCCUUCUUCUUGAUGAAGAAAUGUCUGUUCGUGAGAUAUUCCUUAGGUCUUUGAGAAAGAAACUACAGGAGAAAGCCAUUUCGGAAAGGUUUUUACAUCUCGUAUUUUUCAUGGGACAUGAGCCUGAUCCGAAUUUGCGAAGCUACAUCAGCACUUGGAUAGUUUCACAGCAUCAACGUGUGAAUACUAAACAGGAGAUGCUGUAUGAGCGAACUUCUGUGAGACUCAUCCAUGCUUUAGCACACGAUGAUCGGUUCGACAAACUAAUGUGCGACGAGAGCAAAGCCUUGACAGAAAGACAACUAGAUGCAUAUAUAUAUGCACUGGGAAUUGCUUCCAUGUUUAUUGGCACAAUUGCGAAUGAGUCCAACAUAAAUUUACUCUACUAUCUUGCAAGCCGGGUGAAGCAGUAUCGAGAUAACUCGAUAGAGUCUUCAUUCUAUGGAAUGGAGGAUCUACCAAAUGAGGUUUUGAAUUUGUAUCGGGUUGCUGAAUUAUUUCAAUUGAUGUUGAAAGAAUUGGCUGAUUCCAAAUCUUGGAAUUUACAAACCUGGCCUGGAAAGAUCAAUUUACCAUCAGAUUUGUUUCUGCCUAUGGAAGACUACCAACAGGCACACGACUUCAUUUCUCGUGUCUACAUUCCUGAUCUGAUACAAAUAGAAUUACGGGAAAGCUUUUCAAACAAAACUCUAAGUACGGGGAAAAAAAGAUCUCACUCUACUAACAAGCCUCAAAACGUGAAGCGAGGAAAAGGAUCAGCCCGAUCAAAAAUGUCGACCCCGGUGCGAUCAAGAUCUCACCAAAACAUCAGAAAUGUUUCGACAGCUGUCUCAAAGCCUGCUGUGAUCAGGAGGAGUACGAGGACAUCUUCGAAAGUGUUUUAUGGAGAGUCUGACGACAACGCGGGGGUGGAUGAACAGACGAAUGAGAGUUCUGAUGAGUUCGAAUCUGAAUGA